CUUUGCUGCUAUUGGGACUGUUGUUUUCGCUCUCACUGAACGUGGGAUGGUUUGUGUUCCAGAAGGGUCACAAUGCCCCCAUUCAGGACUUGGAUCCUGAUGCGGCCAUGGCUAAGCAGCGGUCUCCUUACAGUACGUACUUAUCUCACAAGCUUCAAUAUGAAGUUUCAUCUCUAACAUUGCUUCCUAUGACCAGCCGGUCUGGCAUGGGAUACUCACCUGCCUUACUCCCACCACUCCGAGUAUACUAGCGAGAACAAGACUCAUGCGGAUGAGAUGUGGGAGAACCUGAGCAUGGACCCCAUGGUUAUUGCUCCCACCUGGGAAUGGGCUCAGAGCAAGGGUCUAUCGGACUCUUGGGCUUUCCCUUGGGAUCCGAACCGGAGGAUCUACUUCAUUAAGGUGUUCCAUCAACUCCACUGUCUGAAACUUAUGCGCCACUCUUACCAUGAACUCUGGUCCGGACAAGAGAGCUCGAUCCCCGCUCCUCAUAUCGAACACUGUCUCGAUUCCCUGCGACAGGAUCUGAUGUGCAAGGCCGAUGAUACCCCCAUGCCAUCUCUUCAGCUGCUGAAUGGUGGUGGAGAAGGCCAAUUGAUGCAAUGCAAGGACUUUGAUAAGCUGGUAGCCUGGUCGAAGGCACCGGAACGUAAUGCCUGCUACAAGCGACUGACCGACUACAAGCCGAUCGUCCAUAGCAUUGAGCGCUACGCCUUCUGUCCUGCGGAUAGUGAGCACUACCCGACAAUGAGCAAGUAUUUCGAGGAACACGGGCAUUAUGCCGAUCCUUUUUCGGAAUAGACAAGGGCGAGGCUGAAUUGGUUCGGCUGGGGGAGAGGGUGAGAAACUAGCCAAGAAGGGCAGCCGAGAGAGGAGGGGGAAAGGGACUUUUAGCGCAGAAAACCCUAGUCAGCACCUAAUUUAGCUUAUUUAGCUUUAAUGCAAUUAAGAAAGUAGUAACGUUUAGUGGCCUGUAAAUCUGCAAGCCCCCCCCCUGCAAGCCCACUGGGGGCCAAACAGUACCACCUUCUGUUUUCUGUUAGU